CCCCCUCUUUGCCCUGCUUCCCUUGCGGGUCGCUGCCGGGCCGGCGUGGGUCUGGGCAGCACAGACAGGGAGGGAGGGAGGCUGAGCCAGAUCUUCGUGCCGCAGUGGCCGCAGCAGCACAACUUCUAAAGGUUUGGAGAAGACAGUGAGAGAACCACCAAGAAGGCUAUAGUAGUAUUGGUGUCAAGCUUCAGAACAGAGCUUCAGAACAACAGAACAGAGUCGUGUUGUUCAGGGAGAAUUGGAGAAAACUAUUCUGUUGUUUCUGAGAAGCACACUGUAGGAAGAAAAGUCUGCUGAUCACAGAACUUACUUUUCUUCUUCUGUUCCUGCCUGCCUUCAUUUUCUGCAAAGACUAAGAUAAUCGCUCUUUAGUGGAAAUUGCCAAUAUGUAUCAUUCCAUAUCUGAAACCAGUCACCCCUUGCAAACAGAAGAGCAAGAAAUAGGCAUUGAUCCCUUGCAGGGUUACUUGAACAAGCCUGAAGAAGGAGGAUCCCAUGAGAAUGGAAGAACACAUCAUGCCUUAGACUCUGAUGGAACAUUUAUUUCUUACAGUAAAGAAUGGGAAGAACUAUUUGUAAACAACAAUUACUUGGCAACAAUACGGCUGAAGGGGAUUAAUGGGCAGCUGAGAAGCAGCAGGUUCCGUAGUGUUUGCUGGAAGCUGUUUCUAAAUGUUCUACCACAAGACAGAAGUCAGUGGAUAAAUAAAACUUCAAAAUUAAGAACAUGGUAUAACAAGAUUAAAGAAAUACAUAUUACAAACCCUCGGAAAGCUGGACAGCAGGAUCUGAUCAUCAACAAUCCACUUUCACAAGAUGAGGGGUCCCUUUGGAACAAAUUUUUCCAGGAUAAAGAGCUUCGAGCAAUGAUUGAACAAGAUGUGACAAGAACAUUUCCUGAAAUGCAGUAUUUCCAGCAAGAGAGUGUGAGAAAAAUUCUUACAGAUGUUCUGUUCUGUUAUGCUAGAGAAAAUGAGCAGUUGCUUUAUAAACAGGGUAUGCAUGAACUUUUAGCACCUAUAAUCUUUAUCCUGCAUUGUGACCACCAAGCCUUUUUACAUGCGAAUGAAGCUGCACAAUCAAGUGAGGAGAUGAAAGCUCUUUUGAACCCUGAAUAUCUGGAACAUGACGCCUAUGCAAUGUUCACACAUCUUAUGAAAACUGCAGAACAUUGGUUUUCGACUUUUGAACAUGACAGUCAGAAGGAGAAAGAUGCAAUGAUGACGCCUAUACCAUUUGCAAGGCCACAGGAUUUAGGUCCAUCUAUUGCUAUUGUAACUAAAGUAAACCAGAUACAGGAUCACCUGCUGAAGAAACAUGAUAUUGAGCUGUACAUGCAUCUGAACAGGCUAGAAAUUGCUCCACAGAUUUAUGGACUGCGAUGGGUAAGGCUCCUAUUUGGACGAGAAUUCCCACUCCAGGACCUUCUUGUUGUCUGGGAUGCUUUAUUUGCUGACAGCAUCACCCUGGAUUUAGUUGACUACAUUUUUGUAGCCAUGUUAUUGUAUAUUAGAGAUGCCUUGAUCUCAAGUAAUUAUCAGACCUGUUUGGGACUUCUGAUGCAUUAUCCACCUAUAGGAGAUGUACACUCACUCAUCCUAAGAGCACUGUUUCUCAGAGAUCCAAAGAAAAAUCCAAGACCGGUGACUUACCAGUUCCAACAAAAUUUAGAUUAUUACAAAGCACGUGGAGCAGACUUGAUGAAUAAAACCCGUGCCAGUGCAAAGGUUGCUCCACUGAACAUUAAUAAAGUCUCCAAUAGCUUGCUUAAUUUUGGUCGAAAGCUGAUUGCCCCAGCUAUGGCUUCAGGGAGUCCUGCAGGCCCAGCUAUUAGUGCUAGCAGCAGCAGCUUUCCUUCUGCUGUAAUGCCCAUCAGGAGCACUGUGGAGCCCCUCCAGCACCAACACCUGCAGGUGCAGCAGCAACAGCAGAGAAUGUUGAAAUCGGAAAGCAUGCCAGUUCAGCUGAGCAAAGGAGAUGUAGUUACAGGCAGCGAAGCACAGAUGUCUGUUCCUGCUCAGAAUCUAACAGCCCUCCAAGGCCAAAGUUCAAAAAAUGUCAGUUCAUCUCCAAGCAUAGAGAGCUUGUCUGCAGGACGUGAAUACACAGGAUCUCCUCCUUUGUCUGCAUCCAAGAAAGAUUUCUUUUUCAGUACCAUCUCCCGUUCUCGUUCCCACAGCAAAACUAUGGGCAGAAAAGAGUCUGAGGAAGAAUUGGAGUCUCAAAUUUCAUUUCUCCAAGGACAACUAAAUGACUUAGAGGCCAUGUGCAAAUACUGUGCAAAAAUGAUGAACACACAUCUUGGAAAUAUUCAAGAGGUCAUAUUACAGGAACACUUGGAGAAAGAAGAUGAAAUUCUGGUAUCCCUGGCAGGCUUGAAGCAGAUCAAGGAUAUUCUAAAGGGUUCCCUGCGUUUCAACCAGAGCCAGCUGGAGGCUGAAGAGAAUGAGCAAAUCACAAUAGAAGAUGAUCAUUACUGUUCCAGCAGUCAGAACAAGGAGAUGGGCGAUGCCCUAAAAGGAUCUGUUAUGGCAAAGCAACACUUCCUCUCAACGCUUCAGGCAACAGCUGAAACAAGCGGAAAUUCAGAGAUCAGAAGCACUGAUGACUAUAUCCUGGUUUCCAAAGAAGAGGAGGGAAAUAAAGGUGCUGUCUCUGAGCACUUGCAGUCACUUCAGACACACAAGGAGGCGGCAACAAAGAAUGAAGCUCCAUCUCCUUCUUUGGUCUUUUCUGAUCCACUCAUGGGCUCCAUUUCUGCCUCCUCUAGUAACCUGAGUUCCAGCCCUGAUGAUGAUGAUAGCAAUAAUAGCAAGGAUUCUGACUUCACUAUUGUCAGCCCCUUGGACAUCUAA